AUGUUUUCAAACAAUAAAAAACCAUCAAGUAAAGCAAAUAACACUUCCAUAAAAAGUCCCAAAAUUUCUCAAAUACCUCCAAGUAAUAAUUUAGAGAAACUUACGUCAAGUUUUGAGAAAAUCGUUCAACCAUCACCUUAUGAUACAAAACCACAACCUACAAAGACAAAGAAAAUACCAUCACCGUUAUCGUCAACACCACCAACUUCGUCAACAACUGAGCCAGAUUCAAAUACAAAGAUUACAAGGACGACCACCACGACUACGGUAACCACCGUCACCACGACAACCAUAUCGGCUAAAAACUCCCCGGGGCAAGGCCCACUUUACCUGGACUUUGGAGACUUUAGUCUUUCCCCGAUUGAACCAGAUAAACUUGGUAGUAAUAGUGACGACGGUACCAAUAAAAACUUGUCUCAACUAGCAUCUCAAAAAACGACUGGUCCCGCUUUAGUUUCCCUUGAUAAUAAUAUAAGCGUUAAUGAUCCUUCGUCUAUUACAAUAGUUUCAUCAAAAACUUCCACCGAUCCCGUAAAAAUUAAAGAAGAAAUUGAACAAUUUUCUCCCACUUCAUCAUCUUCAUCUAAUACAUUAUCGUCCGAUUCACCGCGUCCCUUUCCUUCGGCAAGACCCACACUAAAAGGUUUCCAAAAGGUUCCUCACCCUGACAAUUCGGAUCCUUUGAAUUCUCGAAGGCAACCUCAUCAUUAUCUUAAACGUAUUGAAUCGGCUCCUGUUAUUCCUAAUUUGUCGAUUAAUAAUAGUAAUGAAAUGUAUGAUAGUUUACUUCUAUCCACAAAAUCCAUGUCUAAUUUAAAUAAUUUGGAUCCAAAAAGCACAACACCAUUGGAAAAUAAGUCUAGUACUGAGACCCCAAAGCAAUAUCUUGAAAGGAUGCAAUAUACUUUAUCAAAAUCAAAGCUUGCUACCAUGCUAGCGAAAAAAUCGGAUGCCUUCCAUCAGUCCGUCCUUAAGGAAUACAUGAGCGCUUUCGAUUUUGAAAAAGACCCUAUUGAUAUUGCAUUACGAAAAUUUUUGAUGGAAUGUCAUCUUCCAAAGGAAACGCAACAAAUUGAUCGUGUCAUGGAAUCUUUCGCAAAGAGAUAUUUUGAUUCUAAUCCUGACUUGUUUUCUUCUCCGGAUACCCCAUAUGUCCUUGCAUUUUCUUUAUUAAUGCUUCAUACAGAUGCGUUCAACAAGAGCGUUAAGCGCAAGAUGACAAAGGAGGAAUUUGUAAAGAAUACACGCAUUGAUGGUGUACCCCCUGAAAUUUUAGAGAUCCUCUAUGAUAAUAUCACAUUUACACAAUUUAUAUAUGCUGAUGAUGACAUUGACGUAAAUGGUCAAACUAUACUUGAAUCGCCGGCGGAUCAUAAACAGUUAAGGAUUUUUUCAUCGGCAAAAGAUCGACGAAAAUCAAUGCGUACAAGAAAUGAUCCUUACACAGUUAUUCAGACCAAAAUUCCAACAGAGUUUAAGCCCGCAAUCAGACAUUUGGUUCCUGUAGAGAAUCCAUAUUCUUACAUGGGAACCUACCCGUCAUUGGAUACCGUAGGAUUGCACCGAGCGUUUGCAAGUGCACAUACCAUUAGAGUUACAGGGGUUCAAACGCGGCGUAAUGGUGAAACUUUCAACCCCACAAAUACUUCAUUGCCACCUUUAGAUGAAGAGGAUGGAACUUUUGUUCUUAAAAUCACUAAGGGUGGUAAAUUGGGUAGGAAAGUGGACCUGGUUGAAGGUAAAAAGAAGGGUGGGUUUGUAAGAAGUUGGAGACAAUAUGGUGUGAUAUUAAGUGGAAGUCAGUUAAUGUUCUUUAAGGAUGAGGCUUGGUUUAACACUCAAAUGGCCGAACUACAUAAUUCUGAGAAAUCGAAAAAGCGUCCAACCUUAAGACCUGAUGUUAUUCUCAUGACAGCAGAAUCAGUUGCUGUAUAUGAUAGAACUUACAAAAAGCAUCCACACGUGUUCCGUCUUGUGUGCCCUAAAGGUCAUCAGUAUCUUUUCCAAGCCGAAAAUGAGAAUGAAAUGAAUGAUUGGAUAACAAAAAUUAAUUAUGCUGCGACGUUUAAGAGCGUCGGGUUGAAAAUGAGGAAUAUCAACGUUCGAAGAAGGGAUAAAAAGUACCCACGAAAUUUAUUCACCAACAAACUCGGACUUACAGAUGAUAAUAACGCAAAUGACGCUAAUGGAAGAGCAAAUGUGCUAAGGUCUAAGAUUGAUGAGCUUCAAAGUAAGAUAUCAGCGUUAACGUCACAGCUUAAAUCAGAUGUACGAUUCAGGAAUAAUUUAUUUCUAAUGAUACCAUAUAAGAACACAACACGAGAUCGUAUCAUACAAGUUGCUCUGGUAGUAGCUCAAAGACUUAAACACACCUGCCUUGAACUUAGCCGGCUGGUUUGUUAUCAUGAAAUCUUGGAAAAAGAUUUAUGCGCCACAGUCAUGGACGAUGAUAAUUAUUGGCAACAGAGAAAAAGUAUGUACAGGAUCGGGGAAAGUUCUAUGGAAUAUGAUCCAUCAAAUAAAGAUUCAUCAGAAUCAACUCUGGAAGUUUUGGUGACACCAGAACCUGUCAUAGAUAAUAAUAAGAAAGAGAAACAUUCAACCAUGACCUUAGUAUCAAUGUCGUCAACGUCGUCAUUUUCUACUUUACCAUGUUCAACUCCAAGUUCAUCAAUUACAGAUUCUAGCCAUACAACACCACCAAGAUCACCAGACCAUGAUGAAACUUUCAGCUUUUUACAGACAGGAGAGAUUGAGUUGGAAAUCAAACCUUUGAACGAGGACAUUGAUGAUGAUAGGAGUAUCUUUAAAGAUGAUGUAUCUAGUAUUAUCAGUCUUGAUUUUGAAGAUGCUCAAGAAGAUUUUGAUGGAUUUGACAUUGAAGCAUAUGAAGAAGAAUAUGAGAGAUUAAAAGCUGGAGGCAUACCUACAAUUGGUAUCCGGAAUAAUGCAAUCUAG